UGAACCAGUGGAUGGAAGACCUCUCUCUCUGUCUCUACCUCUCUCUCUAACUCUGUCUUUCAAAUAAAUAAAAUAUGUUUGUUGUUUUUUUUUUUUAAGGCAGAGUUACAGAGGAAGAGGAAAGAGAGAGAGAGGGAGAGAUACACCUUCUAUCUGCUAGUUUACUCCCUAAAUGAUCACAGUGGCCAGGACUCAGCCAGGCCAAAGUUGGGAGCCUGGAACUUUAUCCAGGUCUCUGACAUGGGUGGCAGGGGCCCAAGCACUUGGGCCAUCCUCUCCUGCUUUUCCAGGAACAUUAGCAGGGAGUUGGAUGGGAAGUGGAACAGAUGAGACUCUAACUGGUGCCUAUGUGGACACCUGCUUCACACACAGAGGCUUAACUGCUGAGCACAGCAUAGGCCCCAUCAUUUAUGCAGUUAUUUCAUGGCCUUUAAUAAUAAUUGACUCCAUAAACAUUCUCACACAUAAUUUGUCAAAUUCAACUGCUAGGGUAUCUAAGAAUUUUGGCUGCCAUACACAAAUUAUUUUCCUAGUUUGUUUUUGCCCAUUUGUAGAUAGAUUUUAGAUAAUUAUAAUUGUUAUUACAAAUAACUAAUUCUGCGACUUUAAAAAGUCCUGGAGGUCUGUGAUUUUCUAUGCAAAUAAUAUAUACAUUUUCCUCUUUUUUUCAGCAGUUUUGCUAAUCUCAACUUCUCUCUGUCUUUAUGACCCUAACAAAUAAGAAUGCUAUGAUGGCUGGCAUUCUAGUCUCAUUCCUAACAUUUGUGAAUCCUCCUGAAGAUUUUAAGAGAUAACCCUAAAGAGGUUAAGUAAUGCCUGUCUGCUUGCAGUUUGCUACGGUUCUGUCAUGGGUAAAUGGAGGGGUCUAUGGAUAGCUUAUAUGAGCCCGUCCCAGAGCAACGGGCUACUCAAGAAAGCACCUUUGGUAGACCUGAUUCUCCUAUUUCAUCCUGUGGAGACAGUGGACAAGCACACAAUAAUCUCUUCAUGGAAACUUCUAAUUUCGAGAAUGCAAAACCGAACAGGAGAAAGUCAUUCCGAAGAUGUAGUUCUGAAAAUAAAAUAUUUGAAGGAAAAACUGUGAAUGACAUAAUCUGGCAGGAACCCAGCAAGCCUGAAAAUGAUUCCCACAUCAAAAGGCCCUGUCAGCUAAAAGAUCUCAAUGAAAUUUUGAGUAAUAACAUAUGUACCCUUCAAGGAAAAACACUACAAGGAACUUCCUACCAGAGAGUGACAUCAGAAUGUUGGAAUCCAUCUCGCCAUCAAAGACACAUUAACCCUCCUGCAGAGGAAGAGAUGAUAAAAUCAGAUGGUGACCUCGUGGAAUCAAUGGGAACAUUAAAGCGACUACAGAAACUGGUUUGGACCAAGAAAUCCAGGGAACAGAAUUCGGAUGAAGUGAAACCGACACUAAUAAGUCUCCAAGAUGAAGAUGACACAUUGAUCUCUUGUGUGAGAUUAACAAAACCCCAAGAAAAGAAAGUGAGUAAUGUUAGUACAAAGGGGAAGAAAGAAUUAAUGAUUAGACAGGAUUCUUUUUCUGCAUCACUGAAAAGAUCCAGCACUACACAUGGACACCUCUUGGAAGAUAUGUUAUCUCACUAUGAAAGUGACAUCCAGAUGUGGAACAGCUGGAAGCCUUUGCCAGAAAACCCACUCUGGACUUGCGUUGAUUUCCAACUGGCCCAAGUUGGAACCUGGGGUGAUUGCUCAUUGUGUACUCACCACUCACAUCUCAAGUCUUCUUUCACGGAUGUGGAUCUUCUCCAUUCAUGGCGUAGCAGCAGUUUUGGGAAUUUUGAUCGUUUCCGGCAUAAUUCUGUAUCAAAGCCAAAUAAUUCAACUGAGACACAUGAAGGGGAACCUAUAAAUGAAAGUGGUGAACAAAAUAGAACUUCAACUAAUGGAGGGGGUUUGGGUAAAAAAAUGAGGACAAUUUCAUGGACAAUGAAGAAAAAAGUUGCUAAAAAGUACAUCAAAGUCCUUUCUGAGGAAAAAGAUGAGGAAGACGGAGAGGAUACCCUGCCAUAUCGGAACAGUGACCCUGUGAUCGGGACUCACACAGAGAAGAUCUCCCUCAAAGCCAGUGACUCCUUGGAUAGUCUUUACAGUGGCCGAAGCUCAUCAAGUGGAAUAACAAGCUGUUCAGAUGGUACAAGUAACCGCGACAGCUUUCGACUGGACGAUGAUAGCCCCUACUCGGGACCAUUCUGUGGCCGUGCCAGAGUGCACACGGACUUCACGCCGAGUCCCUAUGACAACGACUCCCUCAAAAUCAAGAAGGGAGACAUCAUAGACAUUAUCUGCAAAACACCAAUGGGGAUGUGGACAGGAAUGCUGAACAACAAGGUGGGAAACUUCAAAUUUAUUUAUGUGGAUGUCAUCUCUGAAGAAGAAGAAGCCCCCAGGAAAAUCAAGGCCCACCGAAGGAGUAGAAGUGGGAAGCCCGAGACUCUGCCAGAGUUCUUAGAAAGGAUUCACCUUCAGGAAUAUACUUCAACACUUUUGCUUAAUGGCUAUGAGACCCUGGAAGAUUUAAAGGAUAUAAAAGAGAGUCAUCUCAUUGAAUUAAACAUUGAAAGCUCGGAAGACAGGAUGAGGUUCCUAUCAGCUGCUGAAAAUCUUCUUGAUGAAGAAACUAUUCAAGAGCAAGAAAAUGACUCCGUGCCACUAUCCUCAAGCCCAGACAUUUCCUUAAAUAAGUCACAGUUAGACAAUUGCCCGAGGGACUCUGGUUGCUAUAUCUCAUCAGGAAAUUCAGAUAAUGGCAAGGAAGAUCUGGAGUCUGAAAACCUGCCUGACAUGGUCCAGAAGAUUAGCAUCUCAGAGCCAAGUGUCUGAACAUACAUUCUCGCAAUUUGUCUACAGAUGCAUCCCAUUUUAACUCUUCUGCUAAAAGAUCAAGUAGGAGAGAAAGAGAAAUAUUGGUAAUUACGAUCUAAAACCAAAUUGUUUUAUAUGAAUGAAAGUAAGUAAGAGUUUACAUCUCUAACAUUCCAAAUUACUGUAAAUAAAAUGUAUAUUUAUGUUUAAUGCUAUGUGUUAAUAUUUUACUUACCUGUAUUAGAAAAAUAUAGUACAAACUUUUGAUUAUGUGACAUAUACUUUAUUUGGUUUUAUUUUACAAGUACAAAAUGAUAAAAAUAAGCAAAAAAAACUCCCAUACUUUCUUAUACUUGUCAGUUUUGAAUUGAUAUCUAUUAUUGAAUGAAUAGUAGUAGAAGGUGUUUCUGUUGAACUAAGCUGUCCAAAAUAAUGUCUGUACUCAUUUUUGUACUUACAGGAAAGUGUGGGUUAAUAUUGGAGAUAUUUUAUCCUUAUCCAUAAUGGAGUUUUAGUAAAUAUUUUUGUUGAUAAUUUUCACUUUGUUGUCCAAUAUAAAAGUAUAGCUAAUUGUCACUCUUUAUUUAGAAAAACUGGUUUCCAGUUUUUCCAGUUGCAUAUAUUGUCUUGAAGUGUAAAUAUUUUUAAUUUUAAUAUACCUUACCAUAAAUAAUAAAAAGAACUCUGUGUAUAUUGUU